AUGGCAAAACCAAUAGUCUGCGAGUAUUUCAUCUAAAAUGACAUGAAUGAAACUGACUUGAAAUCUAAUCCGUAUCCAAACAUAUUUAUCUUACCAAAAAAGUAUGCAUCAGUGUCAGAUGUUAGAUUAUCAGAAGUGAUUGAGGCUUUUCCUUUAGUAUAUGCAGAUCCAAAUAGCAAUUACGUAUUAAGAUUUGAGACGUCUCUUUAGAUCUCUUAAAGCAAGAGACUGACAGUUUGGUAGGACAUAGAUCCUGCAUAAGAUAUAGCAGUUCCUCACAAUAAAGAAAAAAUAAGGAUAAAAGCACUGAGGCUACCAAAAGGAAUAAAUACUAAUAACCUAGUUAAGUAGCCCAGAUAAUAAUAUAAACCAGAGUAAUAAUCCAGAAGUCAAAGGACAAGCGCCUUAAAUUCCGAAAACUAAAAUGUAUUUGAACCAGAGAUUUAGCAAUAGGUUAAAGGAAAAGAUAGCAGAAUGAGCUUUCCAGAUUUAGGUUCAGUAUUUUCAAGAUUUGGAGGUUUGUUCGAAGAUAAAGGGGAUCACAAUGAGGACGAGGAAGUAGAAGAUACUUAACCAAAUGCUUGGGAUACAAUAAAUUAUCAAAAGGUCUAGGAUAAUGCAAAUCAUAAGUAAUAAACUACAAAUUUACUUUUCACUGAGGAUGAUGACGAUAGCUAUCAACAGCAAAACCAAUAAAACUUGUUCGAACCAAAUAACUCGAACCCUUAUACUAAUGGACCCUCAGAAAAACAGAAUUCUGAUGGAUUUGAUAUUUUUAAUACAAGUCCGAAUGUACAUCAAUAAAAGUAAUAGACUCAAUAAAAUCAGUAGCCAAGCAUGUUUGGCAAUGAUUUGUUUGACUUGAAUUUUUCUGAUCCAGCCCCAUCACAUAGCACUACUUAAAGUCAAUCUUCUUUUACUCUUGAUCCUUCUCUUGCAGCUGGAUUCUAACAGUAAACAUAAACAAAUUCAAAGAUUGAUGAUGUUAAAGACAUUUUUAAGAAGUAAGCGCAAUAAAAGGAAGAAUGGCAUGCAGCUUAUGCAAAGCAUGAGGAUAGAAUCAACAACUGGGUUGGGAAGGGACCAAUGAAGAAUCAUAUAAGAGUUCUUUUAUGCACACUUCAAGAUGUUCUAUGGCCUAAUAAUGGCUGGUAGAGAGUAGGAAUGGAUAAACUAUUAGACCCAUAAGAAGUUAAAAAAUAUUACAGGAAAGCAACGAUGCUCUGCCAUCCAGAUAAAUUGAGAAACUGCGAGAAUGAACCGGAUAAAGUUUACAUUGCCAAUAGAUGCUUUGCAGCAAUAACUGAAGCUUACAAUAUUUUCAAGAAAGAGGAAGGUAUAUAAUGA